CCUCUGAAGCUCCUCUGUGUGGGGAACAUGACAGCCAGACCAAAGCUCAGAGGACCCAUCAGAGACUAGGACCUGGACCUGGUUUAGGAUCUGGACCUGGACCCAGCUGUGUGUCCACGAAGAGUAACCGGUCUAUGAGUCCUCCUCUACUCUUCAAAGAUGUUCGUCCCUCUGUUGAUGCAAGGUCACAUCAGCAGAGAGGAAAGUCUCCUGAACCCAGAUGUUUGUCCAUAAAGAGUGAUCAGUCAAUGGGUCAUCCUCUGGUCUUCAAAGAUGAUCAGUCAAUGGGUCAUCCUCUAUUCUUCAAAGAUGAUCAGUCUAUGGGUCAUCCUCUGGUCUUCAAAGAUGAUCAGUCAAUGGGUCAUCCUCUGGUCUUCAAAGAUGAUCAGUCUAUGGGUCAUCCUCUGGUCUUCAAAGAUGAUCAGUCUAUGGGUCAUCCUCUAGCCUUCAAAGAUGAUCAGUCUAUGGGUCAUCCUCUGGUCUUCAAAGAUGAUCAGUCUAUGGGUCAUCCUCUAGCCUUCAAAGAUGGACGGCGUUCUUAUGACACAGAAGAGGACCAGGAGAGCUCAGAUGUUCCCACAGGUCCAUCUGCCCAGCAGCAUCAAACACACAUGGACUCCAUCUUCAUGCUGCUGGAGAAGAACAUCCUCACUUUUGUGAAGAACGAGCUGAAGAAGAUCCAGAAGGUUGUGAGUUCAGAUUACCCAGAAUGCGUAGAGAAAGAGGAUGAGGAGGUGCUGGAUGAAGAGCAGAGGAGGAGCAGAGAGGCAUUUGUGAAGAUCUCAGUUUACUUCCUGAGGAGAAUGAAGCAGGAAGGGCUGGCUGAGCAUCUGCAGAGCAGACUUCUUGCUGCAGUUUGUCAGCGUAAACUCAAAUCCAACCUGAAGAAGAAGUUCCAGUGUGUGUUUGAGGGGAUCGCUAAAGCAGGAAACCCAACCCUUCUGAAUGAGAUCUACACGGAGCUCUACAUCACAGAGGGAGGGAGUGCAGAGGUCAAUCAAGAACAUGAGGUCAGACAGAUUGAAACAGCAUCCAGAAGACCAGCCAGACCAGAAACAACCAUCAGACUAGAAGACCUCCUCAAAGCCUCAGCUGGAGGAGAGGAACCAAUCAGAACCGUGAUGACUAAGGGAGUGGCUGGCAUUGGGAAAACAGUCUUAACACAGAAGUUCACUCUGGACUGGGCUGAAGACAAAGACCACCAGGACAUACGGUUCACAUUUCCAUUCACCUUCAGAGAGCUGAAUGUGCUGAGAGAGAAGAAGUUCAGUUUGGUGAGACUUAUUCAUCACUUCUUCAGUGAAACCAGAGCAGCAGGAAUCUGCAGGUUUGAAGAGUUCCAGGUUGUGUUCAUCUUUGACGGUCUGGAUGAGUGUCGACUUCCUUUGGACUUCCACAAGAACGAGAUCCUGACUGACAUCACAGAGUUGGCCUCAGUGGAUGUGCUCCUCACAAACCUCAUCAGGGGGAAGCUGCUUCCCUCUGCUCGCCUCUGGAUCACCACACGACCUGCAGCAUCCAAUCAGAUCCCUGCUGAGUGUGUUGACAUGGUGACAGAGGUAAGAGGGUUCAAUGACCCCCAGAAGGAGGAGUACUUCAUGAAAAGGUUCAGAGAUGAGGAGCAGGCCAUCAGCAUCAUCUCUCAUAUCAAGACCUCACGAAGCCUCCACAUCAUGUGCCACAUCCCAGUCUUCUGCUGGAUCACUGCUGGAGUUCUGGAGGAGUUGAAGACCAAAGAUAGAGGAGAGCUGCCCAAGACCCUGACUGAGAUGUACAUCCACUUCCUGGUGGUUCAGUCCAAAGUGAAGAAGGUCAAGUACGAUGGAGGAGCUGAGACGGAUCCUCACUGGAGUCCAGAGAGCAGGAAGAUGAUUGAGUCUCUGGGAAAACUGGCCUUUGAUCAGCUGCAGAAAGGCAACCUGAUCUUCUAUGAAUCCGACCUGACAGAGUGUGGCAUCGAUAUCAGAGCAGCCUCGGUGUACUCAGGAGUGUUCACUCAGAUCUUCAGAGAGGAGAGCGGACUGUACCAGGACAAGGUCUUCUGCUUCGUCCAUCUGAGUGUUCAGGAGUUUCUGGCUGCUCUUCAUGUCCAUCUGACGACCUUCAGCUCUGGUGUCAAUCUGCUGUCAGAAGAACAAACAACCUCCCUGGAGUCUAAACGCUUUAAAGUCAAUCCCGAACCAACGUGUCUCUACCAGAGUGCUGUGGACAAGGCCUUAAAGAGUCCUAAUGGACACCUGGACUUGUUCCUCCGCUUCCUCCUGGGUCUUUCCCUGGAGACCAAUCAGACUCUCCUACGAGGUCUGCUGACACAGACAGGAAGUUACUCAGAGACCAAUCAGGAGACAGUUGAGUACAUCAAAGAGAAGAUCAGUAAGAAUGUGUCUCCAGAGAAAAGCAUCAAUCUGUUCCACUGUCUGAAUGAACUGAAUGAUGGUUCUUUAGUGGAGGACAUCCAAUGGUUCCUUAGUUCAGGACGUCUCGCUACAGGAGAACUGUCUCCUGCUCACUGGUCAGCUCUGGUCUUCAUCUUACUGUCAUCAGAAGAGGAUCUGGAGGUGUUUGACCUGAAGAAGUACUCUGCUUCAGAGGAGGCUCUUCUGAGGCUGCUGCCAGCGGUCAAAGCCUCCAACAAAGUUCUGCUGUCAGGCUGUCUGAUCACAGAGGAAGGCUGUGCUUCUCUGGCCUCAGCUCUGACUUCUGACCCCUCCCAUCUGAGAGAGCUGGACCUGAGCUACAAUCAUCCAGGAGACUCAGGAGUGAAGCUGCUGUCUGUUGGACUGGAGGAUCCUCACUGUAAACUGGAGACUCUCAGGCUGAGUGGCUGUAACCUCUCAGAGAGAAGCUGUGACGCUCUGUCCUCAGUUCUCAGCUCACAGUCCUCUAGGCUGAGAGAGCUGGAUCUGAGUAACAACCACCUGCAGGAUUUAGGAGUGAAGCUGCUGUCUGCUGGACUGGAGAGUCCACACUGUCACCUGGAGACUCUCAGGGUGGAGCCUGAUGGAGUCCGAUGGUUGAGACCAGGUCUGAGGAAGUAUUCCUGUGAACUCACAAUCGACACAAACACAGUAAACAAACAACUCAAACUGUCUGACAACAACAGGGAGGUGACUCAUGUGGUGGAGGUCCAGUCACGUCCUGAUCAUCCAGACAGAUUUGACUCCUGUCUUCAGCUGCUGUGUAGAACUGGUCUGACUGGUCGCUGUUACUGGGAGGUCGAGUGGAGCGGAGACGUUGAUUUAUCAGUGGGUUACAGAGGAAUCCGGAGGAAAGGAUACAGUUAUGACUGUGUGUUCGGGUUGAAUGAUCAGUCCUGGAGUCUGAUGUUCUCUGAUGAUAAAGGUUACUCUGUCCGUCACAAUAAGACGGAAACAUUCAUCACCUCCUCCUCCUCCUCCUCUGGUAGAGUAGCAGUGUAUGUGGACUGUCCUGCUGGCUCUCUGUCUUUCUUCAGGGUCUCCUCUGACACACUGAUCCACCUCCACACCUUCAGCGCCACAUUCACUGAACCUCUUUAUCCUGGGUUUGGGUUCAGGUCCUGGCCUGGUUCUGGUGCCUCAGUGUCUCUGUGUCCUCUUCAGGAGGGAGAGUCUCCUCCUGGUGGAGAACCUUCCUCUCUGCUCACCACAUAGUUCAGUCUGUACAGCUGAUGGUGGUUCAUGUGGGUGUAGAUGCAGGUGGAGCAGGUGAGGGGUACCUGAGCUGGUCUGGACUCUGGGGGGUCCACAGCUCUCUGGGACUUGUGGUCUGAAGGAGCUCAGCGAGGUGUGUUUUAAUGUCGCUGAGCUCGUUGCCUCUGUGGAUGAAUCCGUAGAUCAUCAUUUAGAUGUUGGGUCCUAAUUAGGGUUUAAUCUCAAUCUUCAAGAAGACGUUUUAUAAAAAGGUCUCACAUGAGAUAAAUGUGUGUGUGUGUCUAAUAGUCCUUAUUUGUGUGUGUCCUUCAUCAGCAUUCAUGCUGGUAAAAGCCAGGUGUUUUUUCAAGGGUUGUUUGUAACUAUAAAAUGCAUUUGAAUGCUAAAAGAUUAAAGCUGAAAUGAAUAAAGAAUUGUUCAAAAUCCA